AUGUCCUCCCAGGAUUCAAAGGACGUCGCGUCGAGUGUCUCCAAGUUAUCGCUCGACACGCAAAACGCCAAACAGCCAGCCAGGCCAAAAGCAAAGAAGGAGCAGGUCGCUGAUUCUUGGGAAGACGAGGACCUCUCGUCUGACACCGAGACCGAGACCGACAGGCCCAGCAACCCAGCACCCUCCGAGGGAGACCCGCACGGGACCUCUGCCCCUCCACCGACUCCUGUCACCCCGAGCUACGGCCAAACUUCAUUCUCCUCCACGGAUCCGACGGGGGGCUACCACAUCUCGACAGGGUCGUCCGGCGGCGCCCCCGCAGCCCGGCCGGAGAAGACAGAUGCUGUCGCAAGGAGGAUGAUAGCAGGCGCGCUGGGCAUGCGGGCGCCCAAGCUGACGGAGGAGCAGAAGAACUAUGACAAGGCUGUGCGCGAGAAAGAGCGCAAGCGCAGGGAGGAAGAAAAGGCCGCGCAGAGGCGGAGGGAGGAGGAAGCUGCCAAGGCAAAGGCUGCGAUGUGGGACAGCUGA